AUGGCAGUGUUUUCUCCAAACCACGAGCUCACACACAAGUUGACAGCUACAUGCGUCGUCAAAGCAAACGAGAGUGCUGUCAAGUCAUCUGGACUGGCAGCUCGCCAUAAGCUCAACAAAGAACGAUUUCUCUCUACCAUCAACUCGUUUCAUGUAUUACCUAUCCAAGGCGAGGGCUGGUUCAUUGUCCCUCCAUUUAGUUAUCUUGCCAACAUACGUGAGCUUUGUACAAGGAAUAAAAUUUACCUUGUGUUGAAUGAGAUUCAAACAAGAUACGGUCGUACAGAUAAGUUUUAG